AUGCGCCCGUUGGCCGUGGUGUUUUUGAUAUGCCUGGGCGCAUCUCGGAAACAGUACUUUGCCGUCGACACCAGUCCAGUUAGUCCCAACUUUUUGACCGACGACGACUUUAGGAACGCCGAGGAUGUAGACAUUACUAAACCAAUGAAGAUCAUUCUCAACGAUCAGCAUUUUCAUAAAAAGGUAGGAGUUUUGGUUAAAAAGUUAUGUCGUAUUGGACGCAUCGUAUUUUACCCUGUAGACAUGAGGAACGGGACGGCUGGCCUUGACCCAAAUUUAGGGCGGGCCGGCCUGAAAAUGAUGGAUCAGUCUAUUUGCACGUAAAAAAUCGGGCUGGGCCAAGGCUUAGCAAAAAUAAAAUUGGGUUGGGCUUAAAACGUAACCCUGGACAACAAUUGUGUGCUAAGCCUAAAAUAUUAAGUGCCGACAUAAAGAACCCGCCAUACUUUUUCUGUAAUUUCUUGUAAAAAAUGGCGGAUUUUUUAUGUCGGCACCUAAUAUUUUAGGCUUAGCGCACAAUUAGUACUUUCAAACAAUUUCAGCGCGUACGCCGAGGCUCAGUAGUAUCGUUCGAAACAGACAAAUGGCCAAACGGACGAGUACCAUACGUCCUAUCUACGCAAUACAGUAAGUCAAACCCUGAGGUCUUAAAGUCGCAGUAAGUUCAAAGAGGUCUAAAAGUUUUUGCUGUUUUUUAAAUUUUUUAAAAAUAUCUUCAGCCCAACAGCAGCGGGCGGUUUUGGCUCGGUCGAUGGCCGCGUAUUCGGCCAAAACGUGCAUCAAGUUUGUGCCGAAGGAGGCCCGUGACAAAGAUUACAUUGUUAUUCAGAAAUUGGAUGGGUGAGUUAUUAAAGGCUAAAAAUUAUUAUUGCUUCUAAAAUCAAUAGUGUUAUUUCGUCUUUAAAAGUUUUAAUCAAUAUUGGCACUUCGUCUUUAGAAGUUUUAAUCAAUAAUGACAUUUCGUCGUUAAAAUCUUUAAUCAAUAGUGACAUUUCGUCUUCAAAAACACUACUUUCAAGCUUUGUAUCAUAUUGACAGCACUACACCGCUUACAAGAUUAAUAUCAAAAUUUUAUCAAAAAUCAAUAUUUACAUUUCGUCACAUAAUAUAUACCUAAAAAAACAAAAACCCAAUAAAAAAAAUUUCGUAAAAUACUGCAAAAAUUUUUCAGGUGCUACGCGGAUUUUGCUCGCGUCGGCGGACGUCAACAAGUAUCGCUGGCGGACGAGUGUAUUGAUUAUGCCACUAUUAUUCACGAACUUAUGCACGUGAUCGGGUUUAUUCAUGAACAUCAACGAGAUGAUCGAGAUCAGUUUGUUAAAAUCAACUGGAAAAACGUCAUUGAUGGUAAGAGUUGGGUUUAGUAUUAUAGUAGAAGGAACUUUCUUUCCAAAAGAAAAAAUAUGUUUAAAGUAUAACUUGGCACUCGCAGUUUGCACAGUCGUUAAUUAGCCUAUUAGAGCACUAAUAACACGGGUUUUGUUUACGGACUUAAAAACGGUAAAAACUUUCUUUACAGAAUAAAAAAUGGCAAGACCUUUCUUUACAAAACAAAAAAUGGCAAAAACUUUCUUUACAAUAAAAAAUAGCAAGAACUUUCUUUACAAAAUUCAUUUUCAGGCGCCAACGCUGAUUUUGACAAGAUAAGUUCACAAGGAUUGUCGAACUACGGUGAAGGCUAUGACUACUUCUCCAUAAUGCACUAUGAGAGUACGGAAGGGAGUAAAAACGGCAAGAAUACGAUAGAAUCGAAACGACCAGGCUUCACGUCGUUAAUGGGGAAAUCGACCGAUUUUACUCGAGGCGACUUGACGCGCAUUAAUAAGGCUUAUCAGUGCUAUAGGGGGACGAGGAGGCAUAAGCAGAAAAUGACAUAG